GAAUGGGAAGAUUAGUUUCUUGAGAUCCGGCAACAGACACAGUCGUUAGAUUCGUAACAUUAAAACAAAAUGCCCAAAUUAACUUUAUAUGGUUUAGAUCUUAGUCCACCUUUCCGUGCCUGUGUUUUAACUUUGAAGGCAUUGGAUUUACCAUACGAAUACAAAUUCAUUAAUUUGUUGGAAAAAGAACACUUGUCUGAAGAUUACCUAAAAAAGAAUCCCCAACACACAGUACCUCUUUUGGAAGAUGAUGGACAUUUUAUCUGGGAUUCCCAUGCCAUCAUCACCUACUUGGUGAGCAAAUAUGGCAAAGAUGAUUCUCUCUAUCCCAAGGAUUUGCUUAAGCGUGCAGUCGUCGAUCAACGUUUGCACUUUGAAAGCGGUGUAGUAUUCCAAGGCAGUUUGCGUAACAUUACAACUCCCUUGAUCAUGAAGAAUGUAACUAGAAUUCCAAGAGAAAAAAUUGAUGCCAUUGUUGACACCUACGGAUUUUUGGAAGUUUUCCUUAAGGAUUCACCAUAUUUGGCCGGCGAUCAUUUAACUGUGGCCGAUUUCAGUAACAUUUCGACAGUUAGUUCUUUGGUGGCAUUUGUUGAAAUUGACAGUGUUAAAUAUCCAAAAUUGACUGCCUGGAUUAAGCGUUUGGAAGCUCUUCCUUAUUAUCAUGAAGCAAAUGCUGUUGGUGCCAAAAUAUUGAUUGAUAUUAUUAAAUCUAAGAACUUCACAAUUGUAGAUUAAGUCGGUAAUAUUUAAAUAUUAAUUUGUUAUUAAACUUAAAUAUAAUUAAGUGUUAAAAUACUUUAUAAAUGGUUUAAUUAAACAGUUUUCACAAAUGUUUAUUGCUCCACAAAAGUUAUCUGUAGAAUUGGGUCCACGAUUAACACAAGCUCUGUCCGCAUUGUUACUAAAUGUGUUUGAAAAGUAAUAACUGUAACAAUUUCACAUUUAUCGGACAGUUAUUAUUAUGAAUGAAUCAAAAUGAAGGUAUUCACUUUUUCAAGGACUUUAUUACACACAUACGUUUUCAGCUAUAACACCGACAAUAUAUUUGAGACAACAAGAUUUUCAUACUGGCAAAAUACAAAGUUUCCAUUGUAAUCAAGUAUGGUUUACAGAUGAAUCUAAACUAACGUAUUGUGAGACUGGAGACAUUAUUAUAUAUAUAUAGGUGGUAGUGUGCUAGUCUGUGAGUCUAGGGUUGUGGGUUCGAUUCUCACCAGAGAAUCUGGUCUGCUAAAAUACAAAGGGCAUAUGGUCAUCGUUACCCUGUUUGGUAAAUUAGGUUAGAAUAUAAUUUAUAAUUAACAAUUAAUUAAAUCAAAUAAAUAAUAUUCGUGUUAUAUUUUAAACCGA